CUGUGAUUUCUCUCUGACAAUUUCAUUCAAACAUUGUAUCUUGUUAUAUAUCGAUAUGUACUACAACUAUGUCCCAAAUCGAUAGUUUAUGUGGUAUUUCAGGCUAUACUGCACGCAAACAUUCAACUACACAUGUAAUUAUUAUAAGGAAAAUGGAUGCAACACAAUCCGUCUUGAUCAGUUGAAAAUCGGUGUUGAUUUCAAUUCCGAUUAAAAAACAAUCAAUAUGGAGAGCAACAUGUACCAGUCAUAUGGCACAGGACUGACGCCACAACACCAGCAGAGUCCAAUGAUGUCACCAGCUCUAGCAGGAUUUGGCCAUGGACUUACCCCAAAUCCAGUUAUGCCUCCAUCCAAUACUCCAAGUCUGUAUCCACCGACCCCUACACCUGGUGGACCAAUGACAGCCCCUAUGACCCCAAUAUCGCCUGCUACACCCGCAUCAGAAAUUUCUAGCCUCAUGCCGCUCAGACCACAAUUACAAAAUAUUGUGUGUACUGUAAACUUGGGAUGCAAGCUUGAUCUGAAAAAAAUUGCACUCCAUGCAAGAAAUGCAGAGUACAAUCCAAAACGUUUUGCUGCAGUUAUCAUGAGAAUUCGAGAUCCUCGGACCACAGCUCUGAUCUUCAGUUCUGGAAAAAUGGUGUGUACUGGGGCCAAAAGUGAGGAACAGGCAAAGCUAGCUGCAAGAAAAUAUGCAAGAAUUGUACAAAAACUUGGCUUUUCAGCAAAAUUCCUCGAUUUUAAAGUCCAAAAUAUAGUGGGAAGUUGUGAUGUGAAAUUUCCAAUCCGGUUAGAAGGUUUAGUGCUCAGUCAUGGCCAGUUCUGCACCUAUGAACCCGAGUUGUUCCCAGGUUUAAUUUACAGAAUGAUGAAGCCUAAAAUUGUGUUACUGAUUUUUGUCUCAGGAAAAGUUGUAUUAACAGGUGCCAAAGUGAGAGAAGAAAUCUAUGAAGCGUUUGACAACAUCUAUCCUAUUUUGAAGGGUUUUAAGAAGCAAUAGCAUUACACAACAGUCCCUGUUAUCAGUGUCAUAUCAAUAGCCAUUCACUUUAUCAAUUGUUUCAUCAUCGUUAACAAUUUCCGACUGCCAAGAUGUUAAUACAUUAACGCAACUGGUUUUUUUUGCCAGUACUCAUCAUUGUUUCCUGAAAUAAUAUGAUUCAAACACAAGAUCAGUGUCAUAUUAAGUAUGGAUAACUGUGCAGCAGGUUGAUACUUGAUGCUUCAACAUGUCUGUAAUAUAUACUUUUUAUAUUUUAUUUAUAGUUAUGUGAAAAAGAAUGUCACUGCUCUUUAUUAACUGGUAAUGUGACAUAUCGGUGUUGAAUAAGUGACAGAUUGUAUGGUCAUGGUGCCUUUUGCAAGUACAUUUUUUUUGUACAUGUAAUAGUACAAGUGAGUGACAGAUAUUAUUAGUUCGACAUUCUUCCACUGGAAUGUUGGGAGGUACUUUUUUUGUCACAGAUAUUUGAUGUAAAUGUAACGUCUCGUUAAGAAAUUGUAUGUUGGGCUAUUUUUAUAUGUGUAUUAUUACCAAAGUUGAGAUUAUUGACAGAAAUCAAUUGUGUAUAUAUAUAUUUAGUUUCUAUUACUAAGGUACGACCUGCUGUAGUUUAUACACUGUUGUCAUGACAGAUGUUGGUCAUUCUCUACCUUAAAAACUGUAUGAUAUUCAACCCCUUUUCAUCCAUCUUUAUGAUUAAGACGUUUUUGAAUAUUUGACAUUUGAAAGAUAAACAGGAAUUUUCUUCAACUCCUUUGCAACUAUAUCUACCGGUAUGUAAGAAUUUAUAGCAUUAACUACACAAGGAUAUGUGAAGAGAAGCAGGGAUAUAGGUAUUUAAAUGUAGUUCUGGGGUAUGUGAAGGAAAUCAGAGGAUAAAGGUAUUUAAAUGUAGUUCUGGGGUCAACAUCAAUUGUACACAUUUUUACAGUACGGUCUCAACAGGGACAUUCAUCACUGGUCUCAAAUAAAAAAAAAAUCUAUGGAUGGUUGAUAGAAUAUCUUUUAAGAUAAGGUUGUCAAUUUCAAAAUUUUGAUAUUCCGUUAACAUUCAUUUUUAUCCCGAUUCUUCUGAUUGGUCGACAUUGAGAUACAGUUUAUUGCCUAAUUUUAAUGAAAAUAAGUAUGUACAGUUGGUAAAAGUAUAACACCAGGAACAUAUCAUUGACCUCCGUUUUCCGAUUCAAUAAUAUCAUUUGCUGCCUUCUGAUUGGCUAAAACAUUUGAGACGUAGGCCUAACUUUGACUUAAACACUUUGAGACAUAGCUUUUGUUUCAUUUGACCCAUCAAUACAAAUCUUUGUGGGAAGUAUGAAUAUAGGACAUGCUUGGCAAUCAUAUCGUGGCAUCUGUUUCUUUGAAAUUUAAAUAUUGUCUGAAUAUGGUGAAAAUUGGUAUGUAUGUCGAGUUGAUAACCUGACGUGUUCUAUCGCCUUCUGAUUGAUCAAAAUUUAAAUUUAGGUGUAUUAUCACUAAAUAUUGCAUCUUUUUAGCUUCAUUUGAGCCACUGCUGGGUAAGUUUGAGGGACUUAUUUGAUGGGCCACUUUAUAACUAAAUUUAUUAAAGGUGCAAGUGAUUAAAAUACGAAACUGGCUGGUAUUAUCUUAUACAGUAAGGUUACAUACCUCAUCUCCCUUUAAAACAGUGUUUACUGUAACGAACAUCAAUUGAUGAUGUCUAUUGCUCUGAUAGAAAACAUUGUAUUCAAUAUGAAUCUUCAAGGGGUGAUAUGAAGAUUUAAUUAUCAGUAAUGAUCAUAUUUUUUUGCUUGUUCUAUUUUGAUGAACUUCAGUAAAGGAAAUAUUUUUCACAUUCAUAAUUACUUUAUGUAAUAUAAUUCAGCAAUGACAUUGUUCGCUAUUUUUCCCGUCAUGAUACAUUUGAUACAAUUGAUGUCAAUUAAUAUCACAUAACUAUUCAUACGAACUUAUCUACUAUAAUAUAAUACUGAAAGAUACUGCCAAUUAUUGAUUUAACUGGUACAACACUGACAAUUAAAAACGAUGUUUUAGAUUUUUUUUUUACGACGAAUGCAUGUGAAAUCAUAACAGUUUUUGACAUCAUUGAUCACUAAGAUACAUGCUGAUAUUGUUUACCUGACAAUCUAAAAACCUCUUUUGUAGAAUAGAUCUUGAGUCACAAUGGCUUCAUUGGUUUAAUUCAUAAGUGGUUAUUGCAAUUUCUUUGUUUGUUGUAAGUGUGAAUCUCAUUCUUCACUAUCAUACUUGUCAAUCAUUUUAUUAUAGGGAAACAUUGUAACCGUGAGGAGAAGUUAUAUAUGUUCUAUAUGCGUUAUCUGAUCGAGGUGCAUGAGAAAAGUAAAUACAUAAAUUACAGCUUUUUUGACAAUAUUACAUUUUUUAAUAUAGUAUUGAAUAUUUAUGAUGGGUGUAAAUACAAUGUAGUUAAUUUUAGACUUUUACAUUUUUUGAAAAUAGGUUGAAAAUAAAUUGAAAGUAGGUUAAUACUACAUGCGAUACACUUGAAAGUUAUUGUUUCUUUAGUGUAAAAGAAAAGAAUAAAAAAAAAGUGGAGGAGGGGCAGUGAUAAGUAAUACGAGUACAUUUUAUUACAUUUUACUAGUGAAAUAUCAAAAAUUAUUCAUUCUAUAAAAAUGAUAUUUUCACUAGUGAAAUAUAUUACUUUUUCUGACACUUCCUACAAGCGACAUUUGGGAAAAUUCAAAAGCUGACCCAUUAUAUUUUGCUAUGAAAAUUUAACAAACAGAAUAUCAAAUAGUAUCUUCAGUGAUACCAAAUAUCUUUCACCCGUGUAGAAAAUAUUUUUAUAUGUUUCACUCCUACUGAAAAAUAUCAAAAUAUGAGUCCAACUCCUGAAAUAUAUUUGGUAGUACUGAGGACACUUUUUUUUUAAAACAUAUAUAAUCGAGAAUCAUAUAACUAAGAUAUACAGUGACCUAGGGUUCUCAAAGUGUGGGCAAAAUUAUAGUUACGCCAAAAAUCAUGAAAUAUGAGUGUAAGUUCAGUUACUGAAAUUUAAAAAAAAAUCCUUGGUAAGAUGUUAUGAUAUGUGAAUCAAGUUGUAAAGCAUUCUUUUUUUUCUUUUUUCUUUUUUCUUUUUUUCCCUUUGUCAUAUAAGUUUUUUGAAAUGAUGACCAGGUCCUGGUUCCAUUGACAAUAAACACGGCUUUACCUCUUCUUCAGUAACAAAACGGUCUAAUUAAUCAGACUGUUAUACAUGUAUAUAUAGGUCCUGUGCUGGUUACAUGAAUUGUGUGCGUUGGUGUGUGAAAGUGAAAAAAAAAGAUUUACUUACCUUGGAUCUGUUUGAAGGGAGCAAAUGGGAGCAGGAUACUGUAUUUCCUUAUAUUUUUUUCAGGUUUGAAUGUAAAUGCAAGUAAUGAUGGAUAAAUGGAGUGCUGAAAAAACUGUAUCAGAUAUUUAAUAAAUAUGUGAAAUAAUC